AUGGAUCAACUUCCAGCCUCAAAUUUACCCUCUAAGCUAGGAAUUAAAGCAAACCCAAGCAUAAAGAAAAGACUUUCGUCGCCGAGGGAAUUGAUAUCCCACUAUGAAUCUCAAGGGAUGGAAACUGAAGAAGCCUCCUUGAAGGUGAUAGAGGAUCUCCAGAAGGCAUUGUUUGGGGUAAUAUUCUCUGGUAGAGGUAAAAAAGACAAGCUUUUGACUGAUUCUUCUACGAAGAUGGAUGCAGUCAAUAACAGACUCAACAUUCUUGACAUGAAGCUUGAUUCAAAGCCUGUGUAUGCAUUCAAUUAA